AUCCCACCAAUGGGCUGGAGGCGGAAAGAUACGCGGUGACGUAUCCAUCUUCUCCGCUGCGGUGUGAGAUAGACAGAGGAGGAGGGAGCAGGCUCAUCAGUCGGUCCAGCUCUCCGCAGCAUCAUGGCACCUAUCGGAUUGAAGGCGGUGGUCGGUGAAAAGAUUAUGAAUGAUGUCAUCAAGAAGGUGAAGAAGAAGGGAGAAUGGAAGGCCCUGAUAGUGGACCAGCUGAGUAUGAGGAUGUUGUCCUCCUGCUGCAAGAUGACAGACAUCAUGACAGAGGGCAUCACCAUUGUGGAGGACAUCAUGAAGCGGCGAGAGCCCCUCCCCAGCCUGGAGGCCAUUUACCUUAUCACACCUACAGAGAAGUCUGUCCACACGCUCAUCGCUGACUUCAAAGACCCCCAUUCAGCCAAAUACAAGGCAGCCCACGUUUUCUUCACUGACUCCUGCCCUGAUCCUCUCUUCAACGAGCUGGUCAAGAGCCGGGCUUCCAAAGUCACCAAGACUCUGACGGAGAUCAACAUCGCCUUCUUGCCCUACGAGUCUCAGGUGUACUCUCUGGACAGCCCAGAUGCCUUCCACAGUUUCUACAGCCCCCACAAGACCCAGCUGAAGAACCCGGUGAUGGAGAGGCUGGCCGAGCAGCUGGCGACGCUCUGCGCCACCCUGAAGGAAUAUCCUGCUGUCCGAUACCGAGGGGAGUACAAGGACAACGCCACUUUGGCGCAGCUGGUUCAGGACAAACUGGACGCCUACAAGGCUGACGACCCCACCAUGGGAGAGGGUCCCGAUAAGGCUCGCUCACAGCUGAUCAUCCUGGACAGAGGCUUUGACCCCAUGUCUCCCGUCCUGCACGAGCUCACUUUCCAGGCCAUGGGCUACGACCUGCUGCCCAUCGAAAAUGACGUCUACAAAUAUGAAACCAGCGGAAUUGGAGACUCUCGUGUGAAGGAGGUUCUUCUGCACGAGGACGAUGACCUGUGGGUGAGCCUGAGACACAAACACAUAGCUGAAGUGUCCCAGGAAGUAACACGUCAGCUGAAGGACUUUUCCUCCAGCAAGAGGAUGAACACUGGAGAGAAGACUACCAUGAGGGAUUUGUCCCAGAUGCUGAAAAAGAUGCCCCAGUACCAGAAGGAGCUUAGCAAGUACUCGACUCACCUGCAGCUUGCUGAGGACUGCAUGAAGCAUUACCAGGGAACGGUGGACAAGCUGUGUCGUGUGGAGCAGGACUUGGCGAUGGGAACAGAUGCUGAAGGAGAGAAGAUCAAAGACCCCAUGAGGGCCAUCGUGCCCAUCCUGCUCGACGCCAACGUCAGCACGUACGACAAGAUCCGCAUCAUCCUGCUCUACAUCUUCCUCAAGAACGGCAUCACAGAGGAGAACUUGAACAAACUGAUCCAACAUGCUCAGAUUCCUCCAGAGGACAGCGAGAUCAUCACCAACAUGGCUAACCUGGGCGUCCCCAUCAUCACUGACUCAAGUCUGCGCAGAGGGAAGAAGCUGGACAGGAAGGAGCGAGUCAGCGAGCAGACCUAUCAGCUGUCCCGCUGGACACCGCUGAUCAAGGACAUUAUGGAGGAUGCGAUCGAUGACAAGCUGGACACCAAGCACUACCCUUACAUCUCCACCCGCUCCUCCGCCUCCUUCAGCACCACUGCUGUCAGUGCUCGUUACGGACACUGGCACAAGAAUAAGACACCUGGAGAGUACCGCACCGGUCCACGGGUCAUGGUCUUCAUCAUCGGCGGUGUGUCCUUCAGCGAGAUGCGCUGCGCGUACGAAGUCACGCAGGCCAAUGGGAAGUGGGAAGCUAUCAUUGGUUCCACCCACUUGCUCACUCCAACCAAAUUCUUAUCGGACCUGCAGCACCCCGACUUCCGAGAGUCUACUAGGGUGUCCUUUGAGGACCCAAAUCCCUCGGACGAGUGAGGCAGAGACAGAUUGGGAGGGAGGGAGAGAAAUCUCACAGGAAAAAGAUCGACUCACAUCUUCACCCCCACCUGCCUGCUGGAGCAGCUCAAGGCCAUGAACAAACCAGAUGAAGAAGUGACGAGCUAAAAUCCUCCAAUCACAUCAUGUUUCUCAUACCCACCCCUCCCAUCCUUAAUCAUAAUACCUCCACAUCUUUCCAAACUAAACUAAAUUCAUCAACUGUGUAUGCGUCUUGCUUGAGGAAAGAAAAAAAUCACAUCUUAGAGAUGAUGAAAAAAUAAAUGUUAUAUCAAAGAAAAUAAAACUACGCUUAUGAUUUGAAACGGAUGCAACUAAAUAAACGUAUUUAAAGAGAAUUAAAUAUCAGAAGGCCACUUAAAAUAGAAAUGACCAAAAUGUCAUGUUAUAUGCUCUGAUGAUGAACCCUGCUGCUAGAACGUGUAAAGGUAGACAUUUUUUUCCCAUUAUUGUGCCCUUGGGUUCCCUUCUCGUUGUGGGUUUUACUGUUAGCAGCAGAAUGAGGUUGUGCACUCAAAAGAGGUUCAAAUUGUAAAAAUAUAUCAUGCAAUAUAUAUGUAAGCAUAUAUUUCAUCAGAGGGCAGCACUAUCCACCCAUUUGAGAUGUUUUGUAUUCAGUAGCAUGCUUGCACCUGUGUGUUCUGUGUUUUAUUGAGUGUGGGUGAGAGGGGCGCAGCAGAGUUAGCUUAUUUCUAGGUUGCUUUGGGUGAAUGCUACACCAACGGCUUUGUUUUGAGUAUUACAUGGUUUAAAUGCUUUUCUAAUAAUUAUGUUUCCAUCACAUAUUUGGUUUAAUAGUUUGAAUUAACUACUUUUUUCUAAGUGUAGCCUGACAUUAGCAAAAUCAGCUAACCAGCUGUUAGCUCAACUAGCCGACACGCUAGCUGUUUUUUAGCCGUAUUGUGGUGAAAAUGUUACCAUUUUUAUGAUAUUAAGCACAAAAAAUGAACAAACAAGGAGGAUAAUGCUUAUGAAUAUAAUUUACAGAAAUAUUUAGAAUGUUUUAGUAGUUUUUGUGUUGUUGCCUGAUACUCAAAACAAGGUUUUGGUUUAAAUAUUCACUCAAAAUGCUUGAUUGAGAAAAGAUGGAAAAAUUAGAAGAAAAAGAAGAAGAAAAAGAAGAAAAUAUCAUUUCUAUAGCGCCUCUCAAGAUAAAAAUCACGAGGCGCUUAAAAAGUUAUGUUUAAGCUAAAACAAUCCCUCCUUUGAUUGCCCCUGUUGUAAUUUCCUGCACCAACAUUUUUCCAUAUUUAGAAAAGGUGCUUUGUUGUUGAAAAGGCCAUUGCUUGCUGAUAUUUAACGACCAUAAAGGUCCAGUUGUAUUUCAGUAUUGUACCCUGUCAGGUUACGGUCCAAUCACUGGUUAGUGAUGAUGUUUAUUGGGCCAUGCAUUGAGUUGUGUCGUGUAAACGCCAUUUGUUGCCGUUUUAGUGUCUUACUGUUGAAUGGUGAUUUUAUUUUUAAAUUGUGCAGUAGUGAAACCUUUCCUUUAACAUGCUAACGUGAAGCCAGUACGUUUGUGAUGCUCUAGCUGUAGUUUUUAGUGGCGAGUUUGAAACAAAAAAAAUGAUUUCCCUUGUUUUCUUCUUUGGUGCAAUUUAACCCCUCCAAUGGUGAAUGGCUUUGCAAGAAAAAACAAAACAACUACCACUUUCCUUCCCUCGCUGGACUCUUUCCUUGCCAAAAAGUUGUAAUUGCACUAUUAUGCAUUUUCUGUGAUGCAAACACUUAAGUUUCUUAUUUAAAAUGAUUAUAAUUUACUGUUGUACAGAGUUUAUUCUGCCAAAAAUCAACUGAUUUACAUCAAUAUUAUUUAUCAGAGGAAAUUAACAUCAGUCUGUCCUACAACCGUCUUACAUAUUGGGAUUGUAUGUUUGCGAGUGUUGAAGCACAACCAGUACUUCCGUGUGUACCUAAUGUGUACUAAGGCCGUCUAAUAAAUUGGCUUCCAUUAAA